AUGGCUCACGAGACCAGCUCCAUGGAGAGAGUCCCGAAAUCUAUCGACGAGAAGCCAGUGGGCGCCUCUCACAUUGAACAAGUAGAAGGCCACCCUGGAUUGUAUGAGAAAGAUGGACUCCGCAUCUACGGUGAUGGCGAGGACCAUGAUCACGAGCCUCCAAUGACCAAACGAAGGAUCAUGAGCUUAGUCGCUAUGGCAUUUCUCUGGACCGGCUCUCAAAUCCCAGUAUAUAUUCUUGGAGGUAUCCCUCCGAUCAUCUACGGUGACCUCGGCGGUUUGGACCGAUGGGUUUGGUUCGUACUUGCCAACCUGCUCGCACUGGCUGCUGUCUGUCCGUUCGUCGGCUCUUUGUCCGACCUGAUCGGUCGACGAUGGGUCGCCCUGAUGGGCUCCGCCUUCCUUGUGGUCGCUAUGAUCAUAUGUGGCACAGCCCCGAAUAUGAACCAGUUUAUUGCUGGCAUGACCCUCUCCGGAGCCGGAGCCGGCAUCUGCGAAUUGACGUCUCUAGCUGUCACCUCAGAACUCGCGCCAACCCGCAAGCGAGGCAAAUACGUCGCUGUUUUGAUCUUUACCAUUGUCCCAUUCUGUCCAUCCGUCCUCUGGGCUCAGCUCAUCGCAGCACACACCUCAUGGCGGUACUGCGUCCUGUUCUGCGGUCUCUGGGCUCUCGUUGGAUUCCUCGGAACGGCAUUCUUCUACUUCCCGCCCCCUCGCCCUAACGCCCGCGGCCUCAGCAGGAAGGAAAUCAUCAUGGAGAUCGACUUUGUCGGCGGAUUUCUCAGCAUCAGCGGCAUGAUCGUCUUCCUGGCAGGCCUCCAAUGGGGCGGCUACCAAUACCCUUGGUCAUCUGCCCACACGCUCGCUCCACUGAUCAUCGGCGGCUUUGUUCUAUUCGUCCUCUUCCCGCUCUGGGAGAUCAAAUUCGCCAAGUUCCCCAUGUUCCCUAGUCGAAUGAAGAAAGAAGCCCGUACCCUCACCCUCACUCUGAUCAUCACCGCCAUCAGCGGCGCCAACUUCUUCUCCGUCCUGAUGUUCUGGCCUACCCAAGCCUUCAAUGUCUACGGGCACGACCCCGUCGGUGUCGGCAUUCGCGGUCUGCCAAUCGGCUUCUCCAUCCUCUUCGGCGCCUGCAUCGUCCUCUGGCUCCUCUCUGUCCUCCAGGGUCAUAUCCGCGAACUCCUCGUGAUCAGUUCCGUCCUCAUGACUGCGGGUUGCGGCUCCCUCGCCAUCGCAGAUACCGACAACAUGUACAAGCUCUGGGGACUACUGAUCAUCGCCGGUCUCGGUAUCGGCGGCAUCGUCGUGCCCGCCUCGAUCAUCAGCACCAUCAUCUGUCCCGACGACAUCAUCGCCACCGUCGCUGCGCUCACCUUGUCCAUCCGCGUCAUCGGCGGCUGCAUUGGCUACACGACCUACUACAACGUCUUCGUCUCCAAGUUCGUUCCGAAUGCCGAACACUACAUAGGCGGCACGAUGGCCACCCAGCUCAACAUCACGAACGUCUCCUACAUCAUCCAAGCCAUCCAGCUUACCGGUGCCAGCUUGCUCGAGCCCAUCAGGCUCAUUCCUGGUAUCGCGGGGAAUGAAACAGCAUACCAGAUGGUCGUCAAGGCUGGACAGGUCGCUUACGCUGAGAGCUACAAAUACGUGUACUUGGCGAGCAUCGCUUUUGGCGCUGUCAGUAUUAUCGCUGCGGUGUUCUUGGGCGAUAUCAGUAAGUAUAUGGACGACCAUGUUGCUAUUGUUAUGCAUUGA